AUACUGUGAAAGUGUGGAUCUAAAUUUCUUCUUUCACAUUCACUUCCUAUUUUAAAAUAAAGGGUUCUAAUCUUUGAUUUCUCUUUCUUUUUCUAUCUCGGGGCGGGUAGAAAGGUACAACUCUUCCUCUUUGGUCAUCUCAAGUUUCCUAAACUGAACUUUGAUAAGUUACCCAACAGAGGUUCCCAUCAACAAUCAAUAUUCCAUACCUAAUUCUUUUCUUGCUUUGUUGCUUUCUUGCUUUCUUGCUUUCUUGCUUUCUUGCUCACAGCCCAUCUCUCUCUGUGUAUGGUGUAUGGUGUAUGGUGUAUGUGUGGUAAUGGGGGGACUAACAAAGGGCAGCUUUAGAGAUCUCAUGGGAGUUCUGAAAGACAAAGCAUCGCUGAGCAAAGCUGCUCUACUAUGCAAGCCCAGCACCGUCGCUCUCCAAGUGGCGGUAUUGAGAGCCACAACACACGAGCCCUCCAAUCCUCCCAACGAGAAACAACUCGCAGCCCUGCUCUCCUUCGGCCACAGUUCUCGUCUCACCGCGUCUGCUUGCAUCGACGCCCUGAUGGGCCGCUUACACCAGACCCGCAAUUCCGCAGUAGCACUCAAGUGUCUCAUCAUCAUCCACCAUAUAAUCCGGCGUGGUUCCUUCAUCCUCCUAGACCAGCUCACCAUCUACCCUUCCACCGGCGGCCGAAACUACCUCAACCUCUCUAAUUUCCGCGACAACGCCUCUCCUGAAUCAUGGGAGUUAUCUUCUUGGGUUAGAUGGUACGCGACUUUCCUCGAGCACCUGUUGCUCGCUUCUCGAGUUCUUGGGUUCCUCUUUUCUUCGAAUUCAGAUAAAGGGCAAGACAGAGACAAGGUAUCGGCGCUUCUGAAUUACGAUUUGUUGAAGGAAGUGGAUGCUUUGGUGGGUGUGAUCGAAGAAAUCUACAGAGCACCGGAAUCUCUGUUUGCCCAGGGAAAUCGAUUAGUUAAUGAGGUGAAAUCAUUGGUGAAAGAGGAUUACUGGUCAGCACAGAAGGAAAUUUCGUUCCAGAUCGAUGAGUUACGGCAGAGAGUGAACUCAUUAAGGUUUGAAGAAGCGGUGGAUUUGGUUCGAUUGUUGAAGAGAUUGGAAAAUUGUAGAGAGAAGGUAUUAGGGUGGUUGUUCAUGAAUAAGCAGAACACGAUGGUUGAUUUGUUUUGGGAUUCGAUUGGGGAUGUGAGAACGAAGAUUGGAACUGUGAAGGAUUAUGGAGAAGGAAAGAAGUUGUUGCUGGGUGGAGGCGGCAAGGUAGAGAAGGCGAGUGAGUCGGCUCGGUUUGGAGACCGGGUUUUGAGAUUGGGUGACCCGGUGCAAUUCUCUUCUGGUAGGUUUGCUUUGGAUUUGGCUCUGGCUCCCUCUUUUCAAUUUUGAAUUCUGUUGACUAGGAAACAAUAAAAAAAUAUGUAAAGCUAAAGCUAGGAUAAUUAAUAUUUUUUCUUAUUCUACGUUUGGUUAUAUUUUGAUUUAUAAUAUUUUUUGUUGUAUCAAAAUAAGUGCAAUUGAAAUUUGGGUUUGCUCUACCGAAAAAAAAGAAAAAAUAAAAAAAACUGGGUUUGUCA